CCAGCCUCCUGCAGCAAUGCCUCGCCCGUGAGUCGCGAGCCGACUCUGCUCCUCUUCGGAGUGUUGGCAUCCUUCGUUAGGACUGCACCGCUGUCCUGGGUGAAAAUGGCUGUCUAGACUAGAAUCUGCCAGAAGGGACCAAGCAGUGGAUAGCGAGCCUGUGAAGCCUAACUCACAGCUGCGAGACCUGGAGGAGGAGCUCGGCUCGAAAAGUGCAGACAUGAAUUCUGGAGUUGCCUUGAAAUACGGAAACGACUCCUCCGCCGAGCUGAGCGAGCUCCACUUGGCAGCCCUGGCAUCACUCAAGGGAGACAUAGUGGAGCUUAAUAAACGUCUGCAGCAAACAGAGCGGGAACGGGAUCUUCUGGAAAAGAAAUUGGCCAAGGCACAGUGUGAGCAGUCCCACCUCAUGAGAGAGCAUGAGGAUGUCCAGGAGCGGACGACGCUUCGAUACGAGGAGCGCAUCACAGAGCUCCACAGCAUCAUUGCGGAGCUCAACAAGAAGAUAGACCGUUUGCAGGGCACCACCAUCAGAGAGGAAGAUGAGUACUCAGAACUUCGAUCAGAACUCAGCCAGAGUCAACAAGAGGUCAACGAGGACUCUCGAAGCAUGGACCAAGACCAGACCUCUGUCUCCAUCCCCGAAAACCAGUCCACCAUGGUCACUGCCGACAUGGAUAACUGCAGUGACCUGAACUCGGAGCUGCAGCGGGUGCUGACGGGGCUGGAGAACGUCGUCUGCUGCAGGAAGAAGAGCAGCUGCAGCCUGUCCGUGGCCGAGGUGGACAGGCACAUCGAGCAGCUCACCACGGCCAGCGAGCACUGCGACUUGGCUAUUAAGACAGUCGAGGAGAUCGAGGGGGUACUCGGCCGGGAUCUGUAUCCCAACCUGGCUGAGGAGCGGUCUCGCUGGGAGAAGGAGCUGGCUGGGCUGAGGGAAGAGAAUGAGAGCCUGACCGCCAUGCUGUGCAGCAAAGAGGAGGAGCUGAACAGGACCAAGGCCACCAUGAACGCCAUCCGGGAGGAGCGGGACCGGCUCCGGAGGAGGGUGCGAGAGCUUCAGACCCGACUGCAGAGCGUGCAGGCCACAGGGCCCUCCAGCCCCGGCCGCCUCACUUCCACCAACCGCCCCGUUAACCCCAGCACCGGGGAGCUGAGCACGAGCAGCAGCAGCAAUGACAUCCCCAUCGCCAAGAUUGCUGAGAGGGUGAAGCUAUCCAAGACCAGGUCUGAAUCUUCAUCGUCUGAUCGGCCCGUCCUGGGCUCAGAAAUCAGCAGCAUCGGGGUAUCCAGCAGCGUGGCGGAACACCUGGCCCACUCUCUUCAGGACUGCUCCAACAUCCAAGAGAUCUUCCAAACUCUCUACUCACAUGGAUCUGCCAUCUCCGAAAGCAAAAUUAGAGAGUUUGAGGUGGAAACGGAACGGUUGAACAGCCGUAUUGAACACCUCAAAUCCCAAAAUGACCUCCUGACCAUAACCCUGGAAGAAUGCAAAAGCAACGCCGAGAGGAUGAGCAUGCUGGUGGGCAAAUAUGAAUCCAACGCCACAGCUCUGCGGCUGGCCCUGCAGUACAGCGAGCAGUGCAUAGAAGCCUACGAACUCCUGCUGGCGCUAGCCGAGAGCGAGCAGAGCCUCAUCCUGGGCCAGUUCCGGGCGGCAGGCGUGGGGUCCUCCCCUGGAGACCAGUCGGGGGAUGAGAGCAUCACUCAGAUGCUAAAGCGAGCCCACGACUGCAGGAAGACGGCCGAGAACGCGGCCAAGGCCCUGCUCAUGAAGCUGGACGGCAGCUGCGGGGGUGCCUUCGCCGUGGCCGGCUGCAGCGUGCAGCCCUGGGAGAGCCUGUCCUCCAACAGCCACACCAGCACGACCAGCUCCACGGCCAGCAGCUGCGACACGGAGUUCACGAAGGAGGACGAGCAGAGGCUGAAGGACUACAUCCAGCAGCUCAAGAACGACAGGGCGGCGGUCAAGCUGACCAUGCUGGAGCUGGAGAGCAUCCACAUCGACCCUCUCAGCUACGAUGUCAAGCCCCGGGGAGACAGCCAGCGGCUGGACCUCGAGAAUGCGGUGCUGAUGCAGGAGCUGAUGGCCAUGAAGGAGGAAAUGGCUGAGCUGAAGGCCCAGCUCUACCUGCUGGAGAAGGAGAAGAAGGCCCUGGAGCUGAAGCUGAGCACCCGGGAGGCCCAGGAGCAGGCCUACCUGGUGCACAUCGAGCACCUGAAGUCCGAGGUGGAGGAGCACAAGGAGCAGCGCAUGCGGUCCCUCAGCUCCACCAGCAGCGGCGGCAAAGACAAGCCUGGCAAGGAGUGUGCUGACGCUGCCUCCCCAGCUCUCUCACUGGCCGAACUCAGGACCACGUACAGCGACAGUGAGCUGGCUGCAGAGUUCACCAGUGCCAUCCGUCGAGAAAAGAAAUUAAAGUCCAGAGUUCAAGAGUUGGUGAGUGCCUUGGAAAGACUCACCAAGAGCAGUGAAAUCCGCCACCAGCAAUCAGCGGAGUUCGUGAAUGACCUGAAGAGAGCCAACAGCAACCUGGUGGCUGCCUAUGAGAAAGCAAAGAAGAAGCAUCAAAACAAACUCAAGAAGCUGGAGUCUCAGAUGAUGGCCAUGGUGGAGAGACAUGAGACCCAAGUAAGGAUGCUCAAGCAAAGAAUAGCUCUGCUGGAGGAGGAAAACUCCAGGCCACACACCAAUGAAACUUCACUUUAAUUGGCACUCGGGCACCAAAGUCCUACCGGUGGAAGCUAAACUAUAGCAGGUCACCGGAGAGAGAAGGGCUCCAGGUGACAGAGUACCUGUUGGGAAAAUUAAGGACAGUUGGCAGGUAGGUCAGCACUUGGACUUGGACAAUGGAGUGCCGUGAACUCAGCCCUGGAGGUGAGCAUCCCUCGUGACACUGUACAGACAGCAUCCCGAGGAUCCUGCUCCUCCACUACCGGCCCAUGGACCGCAUGUAAAUACCCACUCUGUGUGCCAUGCUCAGCAGGCCUUGCUGCUGCCUCCAGCACUGGCUUUGUCAUGCUCCCACCUUUCCUGCAUCAGUGGUGUCCCAGAUAUUUGUCUUAUUGGAUUUUCCACUCUUUCCUUCUGUUUGGCAGACAGUGACCCUACCUCUGGCAUCCCCCAAUUUCUCCUCUUUCAUUCUCCAGGGAAAAACUGACACACACAGGGGAGUGGGAAGGGUCUACAUAUCGAGAAGAUUUGCUUAAUGCAAGAAGGCUUUGAUUUUCAAGUCCCACGUGUCAACUCUAAGAUACAGGCUAUCACUCAGAGAUGCUUUGGGAGGCAGAUUACAGGAAAAUGGCAGAUAGGUGUUCCAGUCCCAGAUAAGAAGUUAUAGGUAGAGCAGGCGCAGGCCUGUGCCUGAACAAUUCUGUAAGGAAGAUUGAAAUCGCCUUCAGCUCUCAUCGUGGAGGUAGGGAGCUCUCUUCUGACUUUGGUAUUGCCCCUACCAAGUGGAGCCUUAUUAAUAGCCAAGGCUUAGUGCUGACAGAAUCCUGUUGAUACGUGUAUUGGAACUAAAAUUUUACCUAAUUUUUUUCACAGCAGAGGAGCAUUUUUAGUACUUUCCACCUACCCCAGGGCACUACAUAAUUGCUAUUUGCAUGAAUCAAAGCUCAUCCACAAAUUAUAUGUAGCUCUGGACCUGCCUCUAAUUUCUGUAAAGCAGUGGUUCUCAACCUUCCUAAUGCCGCGACCCUUUAAUACAGUUCCUCAUGUUGUGGU